GGGGAAAGGCUUUCUUUUCCCUUCCCCCGGACUCUCCCCACCUACCUGGCCGGCCUCUGGGCUUCUCGGUGACCGCCGCUGCGGAGGUCCAGGGGGGUAGAGGGGCAGGGAGGGUUGAUCGCGGCGGGAGAGCGCAUGGACAUGCAUGUUCCAUUUGUCCUUUGGGCUUUCUUCUUUUUUGGAGUGAUCAGUUCCAGUCCAGUCUCAAGAAAGCUUUUUGGGGAGAUCAGAUCCCCAGGUUAUCCCAAGCCAUAUCCCAACAAUAACAUCAGCAUCUGGGACAUCCAUGUCCCAAAAGGCUAUGUAGUGAAGCUUACCUUCAGAUAUUUUGACCUGGAGCCAUCUGAGUCCUGCUUUUAUGACUAUGUUAAGAUCAAAGCAGACAAGAAGGAUUUGGGUCGAUACUGUGGCCAGCUUGGGUCAACCACAGGCAAUCAUCCAGGAAGAAAAGAAUUUGUGUCUAAGGGGAACAGUAUGCAUCUGACGUUUCACUCUGAUUUCUCCAAUGAAGACAAUGGCACAGUGAUUCCCUACAGGGGCUUCCUGGCCUAUUACCAAGCUGUAGAUCUUGAUGAAUGUGACCUUAACAGUGCUGCUGAGGAAGACGAAAGACCUCAGUGCCAGCACUUAUGCCACAACUAUGUGGGUGGCUACUUCUGUUCUUGCCGGAUUGGUUACCAGCUUCAGAGUGACCGCCACUCUUGCAAAGUGGAGUGCAGCAGUGAGCUGUUCACAGAGGAAUCUGGGUAUCUGAGCAGCCCUGAAUACCCCGAGCCCUAUCCUGAAGACCUCCGGUGUAACUACAGCAUCCGUCUGCAAAAAGGCCUGUCUGUCAUCCUCAAGUUCCUGGAACCCUUUGAGAUUGAUGAACACCAGCAAGUACACUGUCCCUAUGACCAGCUCAAGAUCCAAGCACGAGGGAGAGAGAUUGGCGAAUUCUGUGGCAAGGAGUCACCUGGCAGCAUUGAAACCAACAGCAAUGAGGUGGACAUACUCUUCCUUACCGAUGAGUCUGGGUUCAGCCGUGGCUGGAAAAUCCACUACACCUCAGAGAAAGUACGGUGCCCACAGCCUGUCCCACGGGAUCAGUUCACCAUCAUCAGAGACCUGCAGCCUGUCUACCAAUUUCAGGACUAUUUCACUGUCAGCUGCCAGGCUGGGUAUAACCUGAUGGAGGGCAACCAAAAGCUGCUGUCCUUCACGGCUGUCUGCCAGGCUGAUGGGACGUGGCAUCAAUCCAUGCCCUGCUGUGAAAUUGUGAACUGUGGCAGCCCUACAAACCUGACCAAUGGGGCAUUCAGCUAUGCUAACAAAUCUGCAAACAACAACUACCAGUCAGUGAUCACAUACCGAUGCAAUGAGCCAUUUUAUCACAUUGUCACUGGAGCAGGCGGUGACAUAUUCACCUGCUCUGCUGAGGGAACCUGGGUGGAUCGAGAUGGCCAGGUGAGGAUUCCUGCCUGUUUGCCAGUGUGUGGGAAGCCAGUCCAUCCCAUUACUGAAGUUCAGCGGAUCUUGGGUGGCAAGUCAGCAAGGAGAGGGAAUUUCCCUUGGCAGGCUCUGACUGACAUCCAUGGACGAGGGGGUGGUGCACUUCUGGGUGAUCGCUGGAUCCUGACUGCUGCCCACGCCAUCCUUCCCAAAGAGGCAGAGGACAAUGUAAACCUGGACAAGAUAGCAGAAGAUGCUAAUAUUUUCCUUGGCCACACCAAUGUAGAAGAGCUCUACAAGAUGGGUAACCACCCUGUACGUAGAAUUUUUAUCCAUCCAGAUUACAACCCUAAAGAUUACUACAAUUUUAAUGGGGACAUAGCCUUGCUGGAGCUGAAAAACCCAGUAACCCUGGGACCUACAAUACUGCCCAUCUGUCUCCCAGAUAUUACCAACACCACGUUCUACAGGGAUGGACGUGUAGGCUACGUGAGCGGCUUUGGUGUGGAAAAACACCACGUUUCAAAUGACUUGAAGUAUGUGAGCCUACCAGCAGUUGCUGAUGAGAAGUGUCAGAAUUGGCUGGAUAGUGCAAAGGGGGAUGAUCCUAUAGUUUUCUCUGAGAACAUGUUCUGUGCUGGCUUCCUCACAGUCAAACAGGAUGCCUGCCAGGGGGAUAGUGGGAGCGUCUUCACAGUGUUAGACACACAAAGUGGUCACUGGGUGGCUACUGGUAUUGUUUCUUGGGGUAUCGGCUGCGCUCAAGGUUACGGCUUCUAUACCAAGAUCCUCAACUAUGUGGACUGGAUUAAAGGAAUAGUAGGGGAGGACAGGGUCUAAUUGUUGCUGUCCUUCUACCUGGAGAAUCAGCAAUGACAAAAUUACAGAUACAGCAAAUCAUAUCUAAAGCUUUCAAUGCUGUCCCAAAGGUUCUUCAAAAUGCAGAUCAUGUAACUUUCAUCAUGAGCACUUCUGAAAGCCACCAUGUUGUUUGAAGAAUUUUUGGUGGUACCAUCAAAACUUACCAAAGCUGCUGUACCAUUGGCAGCUUAUGGGACACCUUUGUAGGCAUUCUGGUUCUUCCAGAUCUUAUUAUUGGAUGAAGCCUGAAUAGUAUCAGGAAAUUGUAUGACAGCAAACAUAUUAUUUGAAGUGCCGAUGGUCUCAUCAAAAUACUACAGUUUACUUUUGUAUUUACAGUUUACUUGCAGAAAGCUUGCGAGGCAGCAGACUUUCUUGAAGGAUCUGGCACUUUGUGCUGAGUACAGCGUGCAUGUGCCCAUUGGCAUCAAUGAAAUUCUAUGAAUAU